UGGUCAGUAAGUGUCAGACAGAUUGCGGGAUAUAUCGGCGAUAAGAUAUAUUGUGGUGUUUCUUCGUAGAGGAUGUCGCGAAAAUGAUUUUUAAAGAUUUCGAAGGUGAUCUGCUCGGGGACUAAUAGCGUGAGGUGUUCUUUUGUGGUAAAAUGGUUUGUACACUGUAUUUAGUAAUUAAAUUGGUACGCGAGAUGAUGAGUAGAAAAGAUUGGAUUCUAAGGUUUGGUAUUGCAGUUAUGCACAUUAGCAAGAAGAUAUAAAAUUCAAAUUUUGGAUACAGUAAUAUAGCAUCAAAGAGAGUGGUGUCACGUAUGAAGAUUUAUUUCGUGCUGGAGAGAUAACGACAACUUUGAAGACACAACGUUCGGUUGCUAGCUGAAAUGCAUGUCUGAGAGAACUUCCAGGGAAUUUUAAAUUGGAAAAAUAAAUUGAAGCUUUCUAUUAACUUGCCGGAAACUUAAAAUAACGGAGUCGGAAGGUGAAAUUGAAGAAAGUUCAGAUCUUCGGAACAGAGUGCCGACCCAACCUGUAACUUUCUUUCACUGUGAUACUCCGCCAUUACCAAAUAUUUAAAUUACAUCAAUUACAGAGAUACUGUUCGGUAAUUUACUUAAGGCAAUCUAAUCUCGCUCUACCAAUUUUCCACUCAACUGUAAUAGCACGAUCUGUGAAUUACGAAGAACGAGUUCGGGACAUUUGCGAUGUUACUCAAUUUGCGGUGUUAAAACAAGUGCUCAACAAGACUAGCAAACGAACAAACAAAUCAACUACUUCCAUUAUCUAUUCGUUAUUCAACAAUAGCAUCGCGAGUUGUGAAUCAUUAAGAGAAAACAUUAUGCCAAGAUAUAUUUCCCUUAAUCAUUUUUCAGAAGAAUUUCAGAAAAGCCAGUAGUUUCUGUAUCAGUGUUCUCCAGACAAUACUUCGGUGUUAAAACAGCAGUGCUCAGAAAGAUUCAAAGACAAACAAACACGUCAAGUACCUCCACCAGGAUCCUACUCGCAACAUCCGAGGUCCCAGCAGGCUGAGUUGACCCACGCUGACGGCAAGAUCCCUGGGGGCGGCACGGCGCAGCUGGGUUUCGCGGCGGUAAAUCCGAGGACGUGGUGCGCGCCGGUGGCGCGUCUUCAAAGUGGCAACUGCCGAUCCCUCGGGCCGGCGAUUCGUUAAAAGACAUGCCGAACGGUGUGCUUCCUGAUGUUCGCCGUAAUUGUUCGACGGUGGAUGGGGUCGUUACGGCCAUAAAGCCGAUCAGCUGGAAGGAGAUUCGAAGCCGACUGAGGAUGUCCUCAAAGAGGAAGUCACCACCAACGAAGCUAUCGGAGGGCGGGGGCGGUACGGGUACAGUGGCAGGCGCCAACGAGGAGGAGGAGGAUACGACCUCGUCGGUGACCGGUGGUCCCGGUGGCGAGGUAGCCGUCGGUGAAGAAGGUCCUACCACCCCCGUCGAUAUCGAGGAGUGUUACCCUCAUCAGAGGGGAGGUGACUGCGAGUCGUCCGGCUGUUCGUCGCCGGCGACUACCAGCGAGCCGGAUCUCCGAGAUUCGCCCUCGCCGUCGUCGAAUUCCCUGCAAAGCAAACGACAAAGGAUCGUUUUGUCCAGCCAGGAGACUCUAGCCUCCUACCAUUAUCCUCACCACCAUCACCAUCACCAUCAUCAUCAUCACCAUCACCACACGAAUACAUCAUCGUCGUCGGGUGGUGUCGUGGAACCGGCCAGCUCCUCGGAGUGUGGCUCGCCGCCAACCCCCUUAACCGUCGACCCCUAUUACCCGAGCCAUCCUCACCACAACAACAACAACAAUACCGUCACGCAGAAUAAUAACAAUAACAACGGCGGUAACGCAACAACUGUUACGAGUAAGAGAUCCAUGGACGACGUUCUGAAGAGGUUAACCUGUAAAAUGAACAGCGAGUCGCUGUCGUUGCAGGACGAUACCAGUAAUAACAGGCGGAACAGUCCGCCACCCUCUUCUACGCCGACUGGACACAACGCGCACUGCGGAGGCGUCGCCAGCGUGGCGAACAGCGUGCCACCCUCACCCCCGGCCUCUGGCAGGAUGCAGAACACAGAAAGUCAGGUCCAGCAGGAUAGCGCGUCAGCGUUCCUCUUUACGGAAAGCUUCGCAGAGAAGGAGCGCAGGCUCUCCGAGAUGAUCCUACAGCUGCAGCUGCUCAGGGAACAAUUGCUGCAACAGCAAGAUCAGUCGAAGUCGUAUCCUGCGCACAUGACCGUCGACUCGCAGAAGCAAAUCGAGAUACAACGGAUGCAAACGGAGCACUUGAAGCGGCAGCAAGAGCACAUCAUGCAGCACAACAUCCAGGAGCUACAGGCUCAGAUGACAAAGAGCCAGCUGAGCAUGUCGGGGCCGCAAUCCUUGAUGUUCCUACCGUUUCUCGAACAGCUCAGAGGGUUGCCGGUGCAAUCGCCUAUGCCGCCACCGCCGGCUACGUCGACGUCAACCACCACCAACAAACAUAUCAAUUCGAUCGCUAACAUGAUCAGCAGUCAUCGGGAAGGACCGAGCUGGGCGACAGCGCACCUCGCGCAAAUGACCACGCAGAUGGAGAAGGAAGCGUCGCCGACGCCGAUCUCAUCCGCCGUAGCACCAACCGCACCUCCUCUGCAGGAUCUCGACGCGCCUCUCAACCUCACCAAGCCGAAAUCCUCGUCGUCGGGGGCCACGGCAUCUUCCUCGUCACCUGGUAGCGACUCGCACUCGACAGGGGCCGGAAGUAGCGGUCAACAAGAGCAACCAGUCGCGGCGACCGCGCCGAAACUCUUUCCGCCUGGCCUACCGAUGCCACGGAAUUAUCUCACAACCCUUCCUUAUGCAGGUCUGCCACCUCAUCUGAGCACCCUCUCCUCGCCAAUGGGCAAGGUAAUGGCCAAAGACGAAGCGGCUGGACCAGGAGGUGCCGUGACUGCCGCCGCGGUUGCCGCCGUCGAAAAGCAUUUCGCUAUGCGUGGCAUUUACGGGAUACCACCGAGUGCUGGUGCAAUGCCUCCGUCGCCGCAGACUCAACGACCGAUCAAGCACUCCGGUUCCCGGGAGGAGGCUGCGCAGGAGGAACAGGAUUAUCUGUCCACGCCCCACAUGUGGCGGGAGCCGGGUUACAAGGUACCGGAAGACAUAACGGAAAAAGCUAAAAUGGUGAGACAGCAGAAGAGGGAGGGUGAGAACAAGCCACAUAUCAAGCGGCCUAUGAACGCGUUCAUGGUGUGGGCCAAGGACGAGCGUAGGAAAAUUUUGAAAGCCUGCCCGGACAUGCAUAAUUCCAACAUAUCGAAAAUACUCGGUGCUCGAUGGAAAGCGAUGUCGAACUCCGAGAAACAACCAUACUACGAGGAACAAUCACGAUUGUCGAAGUUGCACAUGGAGAAACACCCCGACUACAGGUACAGGCCGCGACCAAAGCGCACCUGCAUCGUUGAUGGGAAGAAGAUGCGCAUAUCCGAGUAUAAGUCGCUGAUGCGGCAACGACGGCAGGAAAUGAGACAGCUCUGGUGUCGUGACAGCGGGCCAGAGAUGAGCUUCCUGUCUCCGGUGGGCUCGGAUCUUAGCACGCAACAUCAUCCGGGAACGGGGGCGGCCGGUCCAUCGGCAAGGCCUAGCGUGUCGCCGCCGGCUACCAUGUUGAACGGCGGCGCGGCUGGUCCCAGUUCCGAUCAUCCAUCGUUCUACUAUACGCAAGACAGUUUAUCACCAUCGGAUAUGAUGAACUUCUCGCCGGAGAACUCGGGCUCGAUCGGUGGCUACGACGCCAGUCCGCGACAUCACGACGAAGAUUGAACCGCAGCUCCGGGUCAGCCGCCAUGGCCGCCCGGAGCAUCAUCUUCAGCAGCAGCAGCAGCAGCAGCAGCGUCAACGUCGAGACUCGGCCACGAGUUGUUCUGGUAAAACUUCUGGUGGUUCGCGUGAAAGGAAUAUAUACGCAUGAACGCGUGUAUCGUCGCGUGAACAGAAACGUGGAAACGAUAUAUGUAGUCGAUUGUCGGGGGAUAGAAAAACGUUCUCGAAGAGUGACUGAGCGUUUCGAAGCCUCGCUCGAGAGGUUGUGAUAUAUAACAAUUCUGUGCCAUCGUACGACGCGUGGAGGCCCUCCCGCGGAUUCGAGCGGCGAUGUGUCCUGCUUCCUUGGAUCCGCCGUCGUCGCGUCAUCGUAUCGCCCAAUAUGUCGCGCGAUUCGUUAUGAGAUACGUUGCUCGUGCACAUAUGGCUGAAAGAUCGUGCGUAACUCGGACAUAUACAUCACGACUCGAAUCUUUGGGACAGAGUGUCAUGAUGUAGAGUCACGUGACCGAUAUCGGCCAACCAGCCCUUUCUCGCUAUGCGCUACGUAUACAUGUACGUCGAACGAUUCACGGGACACCGGUGAACGUGAGCUCGACGUGGAUAACGGCAUCGUGCGGAGCUCUGAUGGUUUCCUGCUUGCUUAUGCUAUUACUAAGAGGAAUGGGGUGGGGAAAGCAGGCGCGACGGUUGAUCCAUGCCGACGGGACAACGAACACGACGGCGGCACGAGAGUUACCAAUGGUAUAUUCCGUUGGUGUAAUCAAAACCGCGACCAAGGCGGCGCAAAUCUGCGAACGAUAAGGUCUAAUCGUCGUUAGGUAACGUUCUAGGUAACGAGAUAUGCGCGUGAGUAGAAUUCUCGAUCAGGUAACGAACGUCGAUUCGCGUGUCAACGUAUGUCGGUAUCCAUCUCGCGGGUGUUUUCCGUACGCGGGAGCGCAGAGUAACAUGAACGCUAGAAUUAUACAUAAAAAAUAAAUGAGGUAAAUAAAUACAAAUAUAAAACGAUAUAUAUAUACACACACAUUUUAUAUAUAUAUACACACACAUAUAUAUAUAUAUAUAUACAUAUAUAUAUAUAUAUACACACAUACCUGAUUUUUCGUAAGACUGCCAUGUGUCACAUGUGUGUACGCGCGCCAGAAGGAUCGAUCCGAUGCACUCUCCCGCCGAUGCUCGAUCGAAUUCGUUUCUAUUGCGUUUCGUAUGAGCCGCGUUUCAACACACCGCGAGACGAUCGCGACACGUAUUUCUGUGUGUACGUGCGUGAGUAUGUGUACGAAAAUACGGUGAGCGGCCAAAAAAGUCUUGUUCCUAUUCCUUCUAGUGUGUGUGUGUGUGUGUCUGUUUUUGUGUGUGUGUGCGCGCGCGUGUGCGUGUGCGUGCGCGUCUAUAGCGAUACGCCAUUCCGGUCGGCCGUGUCAAUACGUGAGAAACGAAGAUAAAUAGAAACGACAGAAAUAAAAAUGAACAAAAGAUAAAAAUGUAAGAAAUUGAACGCAAAAAAGAGAAGUAAAAAAGAAAGAGAAAAAAGAAAAAGCUGUGGUCCGUUAGUAUCCUGCAGCAUCACGCGUUUUCCGAGUAUACGCGGCAACACGCGUUAUUAGAUCGUAUAGUUAUCCCACGUUCACGGCGGACGGUCCUUUUUUUCAUAUUCACAUGCAAUCACUGAUAUCCGGUGUAUCGCACGAGGACCGAGACAGAGGACGAGAAGAAAAUGUGGAAUUCCACAUUCCGUCACGCGAUAUGAACCCGCUCGAGUCACAGGGGUGUGUGGCCACUUCGUUUCGCGUCUAAAAACACACUUAUAGUACUUAUAGUAUUUUUCGCGAUUAAUUUAUGGACCUAACGUUAAGCGGAGAUAGCGUUAAGCGGAGGCAAGACGAAGAGAAUUUUUUUCUAAAUAAAAGAAAAACCAAAAUCUAAAGAGAAGUAAUCGAAGUGUAUUAUUAGAAGGAAAGGAAGUGUGUAUGUAUAGGAAGAAUGAAUAGAGAGAAAGUGAGAGAGGGACACGCGCGGCGUCAAUUUUAGUACAAUGUUAUUGCGUAAAAUUACGGACGGGGAAAUUAGCGUUAUUUAUUGUAAACGAUGUAAACGAACGAAUAAUCAAAUUCUAAUACGACGUUGUGUGUUUUGUUUUUCGAUGUUUUCCGGACACACGUUGUUACAUUUUUUCUCCGUUUUUCAUUUCCUUCGAGUUGUGCGAAUUCGUGAAUGCACGAUCAACCUGAUGGGAGCCGAUCGAGAGAAUCUAGACACCGUUGUUUACCGUGAUGUUAGUGGAUGUCAUAGAAAAAAAAAAAAAAAAAGGAAGGAAAGUAGGAAAAAACGAGCACCGUCUCGUAAGGAGAAAAAACAAUAUAGAACUAUAGGGCGUAAAGUCUCGCAUGUAAUUCGGGAAAACGAAUUGUACCGAAACUGGAAAAAUCGGGAGCUCGAUGUGAUAAUACUUAUGUGCCAAAUAGCGUUUUCGCGGACCGGAGGUUUGUGGCGAUAUGACGUCCCUUCCGGUUCCCGGGUCGGCAGAGUUGGCUCGACGUGAAAAACUCGAUAACUUCUACAUCUCUUUUUUCACCGUUUUUUCUUUUCUCUUUUUUUUUUUUUUUGUUAUUUAUAAUCAGUGCAAUUCUAUACAAGGUACCUAAUAUAAUUUUAUAAAGAGAGCCAGUAUCCUCGAUAUAUCUGUGCCCGCGUUUCGUCGGGUGCUUUUCGAAUACCGCGGCCGGCGGCAGAUAGGAUAGCUUAAUGUUGAUAAUAAUUUAUUUUAUGUAUAUACAUAGAUUUGUACAACUGCGUCGGCGGUGUGUUCGUCGAUCGAGAAAAAAAAGCACGAAAGUGUGAACGGUAUUGAGAGGAUGAGAAAGAGAGAGAGAGAGAGAGAGAGAGAGGGAGAAAUCGACCGACGCAAAAAGAAGUGUCAAUACUAUUGAAUGUACAGUGUAACUAUAUUGUGAUGUAUCUUGCAUAGCGCCACAUAUAUGUAAUUUACUCGAGAACACGUAGACUUAACGAAAUGUUAAAAAUGCGAUGCAUAUUCUUAUUUUCAUUUGGUCAUUAUUAUCUCUAUUAUUAUCCUUAAUAUUAUUAUUGUCACAUCAGUUUUAUUUAGUACUAUUAUUAUUAUUGACUAUUAUUAUGAUUAUUAUUAAUAUUAUUAUAUUAUUUCUCUCUCUUUUUUUAAAAAUAAUUAUCCUUAUUACGCAUAGCAAUAGAAGUUGUACGUGCCAGUUCAGAUGACAACGACGACGACAACGGGCGACACGAAGCUCGUCGAUCACUUGCGUGCUCGAAUACUCAAAAAUUUUCAAUGUCGUAUCGCUCACGCAACAAUUAGAUGUUUUUUUUUACAUUUACACUGAAACGUUUUUUUUUUUUUCUUUCUCUUAUCACGUCCUGGAGAAACGAAAGGUGCACUUUCGUUAGACAUUUCUACGUUUCCUUCGAGCAAUUGCGUUUCCUCCUUUCUUACUUUUCCAUUUCCUUCUUCUUCAGCAAUUUGACCUCCAAAUAACAAUAAUUCAACCCUAUUCAUUCUACAAGUAACCAAUCAUUCAAUAAAUCAAUUGAUAUGUGGAGGGUAUAAACGCGCCCAUUGCAUGUUAUUUCCUAUUGUGCCAUAUAUUCGUAAUCUUUCAAAAUAAUUCGCUCUUCUUAUUUUUCUACCUUCUACCGCGGUUUCUUCGGUCCUUUUACAUUCAAGAACGCAUUUUCGGAUCGCGUACGUACAAUUAAGCUGUUAAGAAAUUUUCAUCGAUUUUGAUUAUCCCCAGCACGUUGUUUUCUUUAUAAAGUUCAAUUCUGCAUUUGAUGGACAGAUCAGUUUUGUCAGGAACGACAGAUGCUAAGUACACAAUUUUUUCCUCCUUUUAUUUUUCUUUCUUUUCGUUUGUAUACCUAGAAACGAACGUUUUCACGAUAAUCUCAAUGCACUCGCUGUAAAUUCAUCGGAUUUCAAAAGACAAAAAAAAAAAAAAAAGAAAAGAAAUGCAACCAGUGCGAAUGCAAACUGUAAGAAUAGUAAAUUGUAAAACGAAUACAUUACUAAUACUAUAGUAUAUCUAACGUAACGAAGAAAAAAAAGUGAACACUAACAUCCAAUCUCAAUAUUCCAAGAAUUCACUUCAUUUACAUGUACGUUGUUGUUAAUGGUAUGAAAAAAAUAUAAUAAAAUAACGCUUUACCGAAAUUCAACAUUAGUUUUAGGUAUACAACGUUAUUUCUAGGAGAAACUUGUAUGUACGUGCAAUGUACAUAGUCUAUGCAAUACCGUCUAAAUGAGAGAAGAACAUGAGAGGAGAGAGAGAAAGAAAUAGAGAGAGAGAGAGGGAGAGAGUGUGUGUGUGUAUGUAUGCGUGUGUGUAUAUGUGUCACGAAAAGGGAAAAAGGAAAAAGUAUAAAAUCAGUCAGAUGCAUGUUUGAAUGCGAUUACACGUUCACGAUCAUCUUAUCACUACUCGCGACAGAUGUAGUACACGUUAUUAAUUGGUGUCAAUAGCGUACAAUCAAAAUAUAUAUAUUUAAGAUCAGUGAAUCUUCACUGUUAACACUAUCUACUUUGAAUUUUUAUGAUUAAUAAAUAUUUACAACGGAGGAGUCCGUUUUCAUCGCGGUAGUGUUGAGAUGAACGUAUAAAGUAUAUAAUAGGAAUUAAGGGAAAAUCAUACUUGGAAGUAAAACGUACGGUAGUAAUGACACACCAAAUAUAAUGGUCUCCAGUCUUUACAUACAUACCGUAAUGGAAUUACGUUUUAGCUAAUUAUAAAUAGCAUUUGCAGCGUUCGACUUAUUUACUGAUCCAUAAGGCACCUUGAGCUGGCUGUGAUUCAUAACUCUAAUAAUUUGUUUCUAAUCAACUAACAUACAUUCAUAUCGCAUAGAUCAAAAGGUAUAAUUACACGAAGUGUUUGUCAAUGGUAGAACAUUUAACGGUGUGUACUCCAAGAUCAUUUUCCCUAACAGAUAGUGACAUCAAAUGCACUGUAUCACAUAGAGAGCAGCACUAUUAUAAACAUAGAUAUAUGAUUAUAUUUAUUACAAUAAUUUGAAAGUUAGGUAUUCUUUGUUGUUUGUAUUUUACAAGCGUAACCAUUAUUAUACAUAAAUAAAUAACUAUAUAAAUGAAUGAAA